CUAAAUAUUCAUAAAUGAACACCCCGAUUAAAGUACAACAGAAGGUCUUCGCCAAGAAGACUCCUAGGAAACACUCUGAGCCAUUGGAUGACUGGGAUAUUAGUGAAGAUGUUCUCUCUGAGUCAUUUAUUAUAGCUCCAAGGCCUAAAGGAGUAACAGAGAAGAAGAUUGCCGGUUCCUUUGGAGUUAGUAAAGCAUGCUCGGAACAUGGAAGCUUUUGAACUACCCCCGCAGAGCCUUCUUAUGAGUUGAAGAAGAAUCUUCAGAUUCCUCAUUCAAAGUUUAGAAAAUGCUCAAUGAAGUCUGAGUCGGAUGGUGAGUCAUCUGAAGAGUGUCACAUGAGCUUGCAAUCAGAGAUUAGUAGUUUACUACAGCAGCUAAUCCAGAGAAAGAAAAAGAAGAACUCUGAUAUAUCUCUCAAUAGUAAGAGUGAGUCUACCCCAUUCGUAAUGAAGAAGAGCAACUUCCAUCAGUGCAAUCAAAAUGACUCUUCAGAGAAAAGUGAGCAUCAGGGUGAAUAAGACUCCAGUUUGUAUUAAUAGAGAUACUAGUACAAGACUCAUCAAUAUUCUUUGACUCUAAAUAUGCUCAGAUCUUAGUGAAUUUUUCAAAGAUAAUUUCUCUAAGCAAACAUUCUAGAAGUGUUUAAGAAUCUUCAUUUAUACAUAACAUAUUC